AUGGAUGAUGUGCCUGCAGCUCCGGGUGUUGGCAAAGCCAAUGGGAACGGCGCCGCCCCUCCAGAGAUGCCAGCCGCCGCUAUCGGUCACGAGCUCCCAUACGUCGCACCCUCUUCCUACCUUCGUCCCAAACCUCAAAGUCGCAUCGCCAUGCCAGAAUCACAACCGUUCGGGCUUCUGGAUAGAGAUCAAAUGCAAGGCCUGAAUGGCAUCCGCGAGUUCCUGAAGAUCAGGACAAGCUAUGACGUCCUUCCUCUAUCCUUUAGGCUCAUAAUACUAGAUCAAGAUCUGCUCAUCAAGAAGAGCCUCAACAUCCUAAUACAAAACAGCAUAGUUUCGGCACCACUUUGGGACUCUAAAAACUCGACGUUUGCUGGUCUUCUGACCAGUACCGACUACAUAAAUGUCAUUCAGUACUACUGUCAGUAUCCCAGUCGGCUGGACGAGGUGGACCAGUUUCGACUGAGUAGUCUUCGAAAAAUUGAAAAGGCGAUUGGUGUGAUACCGCCUGAGACGAUAUCAAUUCACCCAAUGCGGCCGCUUUACGAGGCCUGCGUCCGGAUGAACGCUACACGCGCCCGUAGGAUACCCCUGAUCGACGUGGAUGACGAGACAGGCAGGGAGACGGUUGUCAGCGUCAUCACACAGUAUCGAAUCCUGAAAUUCAUUGCGGUCAACAACGAAAACUACUCGCAGUUGCUGCGCAAACCGGUUCGCGAAUGUGGCUUGGGCACCUACGAUAAUAUCUUCACUGCACGCAUGAGCCACAGCGUACUAGACGUGAUCAAUCUCAUGGUGUCCUACAGCAUCUCGUCGGUUCCCAUUGUGGACAAGGAUAAUCGAGUAAUCAACGUUUUCGAGGCAGUUGACGUGAUCCCCUGCAUCAAAGGGGGUGUCUAUGACGAGCUGACAGCUACGGUGGGCGAAGCACUCGCAAGGCGGUCGGAUGAUUUCCCAGGAAUCUACACCUGCUUUGAAGACGAUCGUCUAUCCUCCAUCUUCGACACUCUACGAAAGUCCCGGGUGCACCGUUUUAUCGUGAUUGACGAUCAAAGUCACCUGAAGGGCAUCAUCUCACUAUCAGACAUCCUCAAAUACGUGCUUGGCGAUGAGGCGGAAGAGACGGAUGGUUCCAAAGAUGGCAGGAAAUGA